UUAUUUAAAAAAUAUUUUCCAUAUUCUCACACGUUUCUAUAUUUCUACUUCUGUGAGUUUUUUUAAUUUAGUUUUUUAGUGGGUCAUGUCCUCCCUUUUUUCUGGCACGUCCUCCAUUUUGCCGGGCCCUGCCCUCCUUUGCGGUGAGGACCUCUUGUCACUCUGAGCCUUUGGUGGCAUGUCUCGGAGGGUUGUUUUGACAUUGGCCAAAGGACGCCUCCAGCCAUUGGGGAUUCUUUCUUUGCUGGUGUGUAUGUGAUGCUUGUGCAUGGAGAAAUAACAAUGCAGGGCUUCUUUUCCAUUGCAACAGCCUCCCUCCCUUUGGUUGUGUCAGAGUCAACCUCCUUAAGAGCACCAGGGCUAAUAAAUCCAGGAUUACCCUCCAGUUACCUUCCCUUUCCUUAGUCUGAAACACACACAUCACAAACACACACACCCAGCUUCUGGCUGGAAACCUUGCAAAGAUGCCUAGAAGGGAGAAAGGCCGAGAAGGAUUCCUCUCUCCAGUUGCAGAUCUGAAUGUUUCUGACCUCCUCACAGUAAUUGGACUAUCAAGGCUCUGAGAGACUUUACCGAGAGGUACCAUCCCUUCCAGGGGGUUUCCCCUUUGUUUUCUUCUCAUUUUCCCCUCCCCCCCAUAUAAAACUUCCAUGGACCGGGCCAUCAUCAUGGAGCCAAGGGAGAACUCAAGCAUUUCCCGGCAAAGGGGGAAUGAGACAGAUUUCUUGGGGUCAGCCAUGGCUUCUGCAAAGACCCCACCUGCUCCUGGCAGUGCUGGAGAAGCCAUGCUGCCUGUGUCUGGCUCUGCAAAAGGUAUCCCAGUGAGCGGAGAUCGUAUGGAGGGUGAAGAGGAAGAUGAGCUAUGCUCUGGAAGAGAUGUGGAUUCCACUUCGAAUGCAGACAGUGAGAAAUGGGUGGCUGGAGAUGGACUCGAGGAACAGGAAUUUUCCAUCAAGGAGGCUAACUUUACAGAGGGAAGUCUUAAGCUGAAGAUCCAGACAACAAAGAGAGCCAAAAAGCCUCCAAAGAACCUGGAGAACUAUAUCUGCCCACCUGAGAUCAAAAUCACCAUUAAGCAAUCUGGGGAGCAAAAACUUUCAAGAGCUGGGAAAAAUAGCAAAGCAGCAAAAGAGGAAGACAGAGCCCACUCCAAAAAGAAGGUUUAUGAGAGGCUGCAAAAGCAUUCCACUGCACACUAUAGCCCAGACCUACAACAGGACUUCACCAGUGACACCUUAAAAUCCCGGCACCAGCAAAAAAGCAACAACCAGCAUCAUCUAGACUGGUCAAUGAGCUCUGAGUCAGGACCAGCUUCACAAGCCUGCUUCAUUGCCCCAGAGACAAACCGAGAAGCUGCUAGUUCUACCAAGAUCCCUGUGUCAGAGCCUGCUGUAUCUUUCAGCAAGUCCCAAGCUAAGAAAUCAAAUGCCAGCAACACAUGGGGUCAGUUGUCAAGUAGUAAUAACAAAGACCUUGCUGCAUGCAGUGCAGCCGCAGGGUCAAACUCUCAUGGUGUAACUUCUCAGCCGAACAAUCUGGCUGAUUGCAAUGGCUUUUCACCGCUAGUAAGUCAAGAGGGAGGGGUACAAAUGGAAGCCCUUGAUCAACCCACUGGCAGCACAAAGAAGUCCAGCAAAAAAGACACAAUCAACCAAACCAUCCAAAACAACGAAGUAGAAUGGGUGAAAAAUGUUCAGAAGUCAUUUGAAGCCAAAAGCCAUGAGAACGUGGAAGGAAAAAAGGAAUCCAGUGCAACCAAACCAUCGCCCCCAAAGCAAAGCCCAAACUUGGCUAUCAGUUCUGAAAAUGAUGCCAGUCAUGUUCGUAUUACUAUACCAAUCAAGACUCCGGCAGCAGAGCCACCUGGUCACAAGAGGAAGAAACGGCAGUCUGGAAAAACCGCUGUGGGCAAGAACAUCCCAGAGAAAAACCCACUUUCCGGACAUCCUGUGAGCAAUGAUGUAGCCAGUAGGACUAACACACAAGCUGAGGUAUGCAGGAAAGAUCUCCAAGUCACAAAGCAAGGAAAAGGUACAGAGUGUGAGUCUCCAUUGGUACGAAUGGAAAACAAUGAGGUAAUCAAUAAAUCUCUCACAAGCAACACCACCAGACUCAGAAAAUCCACGGUUGUAACAUCUGCUUCAGUGACAAAUGGUACCCUCACACCCAGCAAGCAGCCAGAGGUUCAACACCCAAAGUUUGCGGCCAAACGACGAUGGACUUGCAACAAGCCUAAAAAUAUAGUCCGUGAACCUUCUGUAGGUCCCUCUGAGAAACUGAUGGUAGAACCUCCUUCAGCUUAUCCCAUAACUCCAUCAAGUCCUCUGUAUACUAAUACUGACAGUCUGACUGUGAUUACUCCCAUCAAGAAAAAGAGGGGACGACCAAAGAAACAGCCUUUGCUCACUGUUGAGACUAUUCAUGAAGGAACAUCCACCAGUCCAGUUAGUCCUAUCAGCAGAGAAUUCCCUGGUACAAAGAAAAGGAAGAGGCGAAGGAACUUGGUGAAGUUGGCGCAGAUGGCUCCAGGAGAGGAUAAUUCUAUCAGCGAGCUAAAAUUUCAGAAAAAGGUAGGCAAGCUUGGUGUGUUGGAUAAAAAGACCAUCAAAACCAUCAACAAAAUGAAGACUCUCAAGAGGAAGAACCUUUUGAGCCAGAUCCUAUCCUGCUCCAGUAACAUCGCUUUGAAAACAAAAACACAGCCACCAGCCAGCACAGGGGCUCCAACCAUUGAUGCCAGGCUCGGGAAGCAAAUCAAUGUGAGCAAGAGGGGGACUAUCUACAUUGGCAAGAAAAGGGGACGGAAGCCAAGAUCUGAGUUGCACCCUCAAUUGGAAGAACCGAAGACAGCCAUCAAACAUUUGAGGCCUGUUUCCAGCCAGCCAGAAAACCCAGCAGUGCCUUCCACCUUGCAGUCACUUGUGGCAUCAUCACCAGCAAAUGUUCAUCCGCUUUCAACACAGUUAGUGGGUACUAAUGGCAACCUUAGCCCUGCCAGCACUGAAACAAAUUUUUCAGAGUUAAAGACUAUGCCAAACCUACAGCCUGUCAGUGCUCUUCCUACAAAAACCCAGAAGGGAAUACAUGGUGGGACUUGGAAGUUAUCCCCACCCAGGCUUAUGGCAAAUUCUCCUUCUCAUCUUUGCGAUAUAGGUUCCCUGAAGGAAGUCACACUGUCUCCAGUGAGUGAAUCCCACAGUGAGGAGACCAUACCCAGUGAUAGUGGUAUAGGAACUGAUAACAACAGUACUUCUGAUCAAGCGGAGAAAACUUCAGAAUCGCGCAGGAGGUACUCAUUUGAUUUCUGCAGCCUGGACAAUCCAGAGGCUAUUCCAUCUGAUACCAGCACUAAAAACAGGCAUAGUCACCGGCAGAAGCAUCUAAUUGUCGAUAACUUUCUUUCUCAUGAGACUAUGAAGAAACCAAAGCACAAGAGGAAGCGGAAAAAUCUGCAGAACAGAGAUAACCUCCAGUUCCUGGCAGACUUGGAAGAGCUCAUCAGCAAGUUCCAAGUGUUCAGGAUUUCUCACAGGAGCUACACAUUCUACCAUGAAAAUCCGUACCCCAGCAUUUUUAGGAUAAACUUUGAUCACUAUUACCCUGUGCCAUAUAUCCAGUAUGACCCAUUGCUGUAUCUUCGCAGGACCUCCGACAUGAAGUCUAAGAAGAAGCGUGGUCGACCUGCCAAAACCAAUGACACCAUGACAAAGGUGCCUUUCUUACAAGGGUUUGGUUACCCUAUUCCCAGUGGGAGUUACUAUGCACCCUAUGGAAUGCCUUACACAUCAAUGCCUAUGAUGAAUCUUGGUUACUACAGUCAGUACCCAGCUCCUUUGUACUUGUCCCACACCCUCGGAGCAGCUUCCCCAUUUAUGAGGCCAACUGUGCCCCCUCCCCAGUUUCAUGCAAGCUCUCACAUGAAGAUGCCCAGUACUGCCAAGCAUAAAGUUAAGCAUGGUGUUCAUCUGCAGACACCAGUAGGGAUGGGUCUUGGGGAUGUGCACUCCUCACUGACUUCUCCAAAGGUUGCAGGGACAAGCAUACCCAGUGGACGACUUCACAAAAGGAAACACAAACAUAAGCACAAACACAAAGACGAGAGGAUAUUGGGGGCUCACGAUGACCUGAGCAGUCUCUUUGCUAGCAAAUCCACUACCAGCUUCUCUAGCCAUUCAGUCAAUGAAAGAUUAAAUGUCUCAGACAAAGACCUUUCCUUGCUGACUGAGAAAAGCAAACAUAAAGAGAAGCAGAAACACCAGCAUUGUGAAACUGGGCACAAAGGCUCCAAGAGCAACUUUGAAGUGGAUACCUUGUCUACGCUGUCGCUCUCUGACACCCAGCAGUGGGUGCAGAGCAAGGAUAAAAGUGACUCGAGCAAUGAUCCUGCUGACUCCUGCAUGAAGAGGUAUGCCGGGAAUACAGAAAACAGUGCAAGGUCUGAGUCCCUGGAUCUGUUUGGUGAGAUGAAUUCCUUGAGUGACAAGCGGGACAAUGAUGGGAGUGGAAGCAAAAGGAGGAGCUUUGAAGGUUUUGGGACAUAUAGGGAGAAGGACCUACAGAGCUUCAGAGCAAGUAGGAAGGAUAGGAAUUCCUAUGAUUCCUCAGCUACAGGAAUUACCAGUUCCCAUCUAAAAGCAGACCAGAAUUCACUUCACAAUAAAAAUGAGGGUUCUACUUCUGCUGUGAUGACCCGUCGGAAACCAGCAUCUCUUGACAGCAUUGCAAUGUCCUCAGUACCAAUAUUAUCUCUUUUACCUACAUCAUCAUCAGCACCAUCAGAAGCAGCCAGCUCACCACUCAAGAAACGAUUCAAGCGCUGUGAAAUCGAAGCAAUCCAGUGCGAGGUCCGGAAGAUGUGUAACUACACCAAGAUUCUCUCCACCAAGAAGAACCUGGAUCACGUGAAUAAAAUCCUAAAAGCCAAGCGGCUGCAGAGACAAUCAAAGACAGGCAAUAACUUUGUCAAGAAGAGACGAGGUCGUCCCCGGAAACAGCCCCUCUCUUUUGACGAAGACUCCAGAGACCAAAUGCCCGUUUUGGAAAAAUGUGUUGACCUCCCUUGCAAACGAGGUCAAAGAUUUGCGAUGAAUCCUUUAAUGAUGGAACAAGCAGCCAAUCAAGAUACAAUUUCAGCCACCAUUGAGGCUGUCAUACAUAUGGCUCGAGAGACACCACCACUGCCGCCGCCACCUCCACCACCACCUCCUCCUCCUUCACGGACAGCAAGAGUUGGAAAAAGAAAAAACAAACUGCAACAGUGUUUGCAGGUAGAGGAGGAUGAAGUGAAAGUGAAAAGGCACCGGAAAACUAGAGGAAGUGAAAGUGAAACCCUCCCCUAAUAAUAGACAUGGCCAAUCAAGGGACAGUGUUGAAUGGUGAGUGUCCUGGGACCAGUGGGCCAGAGCUCUGGGUUGGGCCCCUCCACUCAACAUCUUCUACAUCUACAGCAUCGGACUUGCUCUGUAUUUCAGUAGCACAUCAUUAAGAAAUCAGACAAGAAUGACCAGUAAUAAUAACAUUAAUAAUAGUAUUUACAAUAAUGACAGAUCUUUGGCAUUAGCCAUUGGGCUAAUAAAGUGGAAUGUGAAGGGGUUCAGAGCAAGAAUUUCCAAACCUAGUGAUUUUUUUUACAGAGUUUCUGUUAACAACAACAACACCAAAUGUGAUGUUUCUUGUAUAUCAGAAAAGAAGGGGGUUCAUUCAAAGUCACCAGAGCUUUACACAUGGCAGGACUAAUAUUAUCCCUAUCAGGAUUGCCAAUACCCUUACAGAUAGAGGCUUCUGAAGCUUUGUAACAGAUGCGUGGCAGAACGAAACUUACCACCAGCAGCUUUUCCAGUCACUGCUGAUAACUAGAAGGGAAAACAUUGCACUUACCAGAUUUCUCUUUGCCAUACAGCUGUUUAGGCAGCAAGAGCCCUUGAAAGGAAAAAAAAUUGGCAGCUCUUGGAAAUGGAAGUUAAUUCUGCUUUUUUUCCCACAUCACACACACAAAAAAGGCUUCUCAACUGUCCUCUUGGUUUUAAUCUGCUUUGCAAAAUCUUUCUCAUAUUUUACCAGGUUUGGGAUAUUUUUAAAGAAACUCUCUCCGGGCUUAGAGCAACUAACUGAAUGAUAAAAUAUCUGAAUCACUAACUCAAAAUCUUGUGGAGGGGGGUCCUUCCCCACUUCUCAAAAAAAAUUGCCCAAUGUAAAUUAACAAGUGGUGAGUGAUAUAGAGAGGGUGAGUGGAGCCCCCACCAUAAACUAAGCAAAUCUCUAAUGACCAUCCUGGAAUAUACUGAAAGAAUUUAGCAUUUCACAUAAGAACAGAUGCCAACUUUUCAAUAAAAAAAGCCUUCCCAUCAAGUGACUGAUGGGUCCCAUUGGUGAUGGAGGCAGUUGUUCACUGAUCGCCCAACUGACCCGGGGAGCAGAAGACUGGGAACAUAUCAGAAAAGAACAGCAGGAAUAUUGGGGUCUUGUUAUUCUUAAAAGGCAAGGACUCCAGAAGAUAUCCGAAUCUGUCAACUCUUUGAUGCUGUUUGCACUUCAGUUGGGAAACUUGGGGACAAACAUAUCAGCAUGUUUGCAUCCAAGUGGUGAAGCAAUGCCUUGACUUGGUUUUUUUCCCCCUUAAAAAUAUAUCUACAAAUACAUUUUUAAAAAUGAAAUCAGCAAAAGUUGUUUGAAAAAUCAUUCACCCAGAAAUUGAGAGCAGAGGAAGAAAUAUUUCUUGACAGGCAUUUUCUAAAUUAAAAUAUAAAAGGAUUAAGUGUUCUUAUCUAAAAAAAAAUUAUAAUGAUGAUGAGCUAAAUGUUCAAAGGGUGCCACCACUGCAGUUGUACUAAUACCACUUUGAACACCCUUUUUCCCCAAGUUGUGGUUGCCUUAAAGAAAAAUAUUUUGGCUUUUUUUUCCUUUUGUAUAUAUUGUAAUUAUAAUGAAAAAGGGGGAAAUCAGUCUGCAUGGACACAAACAGUGUGAUAAAUUGUCUCUCUAAAUUGUCAGUUUCACUUGUCCAGUUCAAACUCAAAGUGUACUUUUAUUUACCAAUAUUUUAAAAGCUUGGAUAUGCAUCUAUAUCUGAAGCAAUUUUGCAUAGCUAAAUCAAUCAAUAAUUAUUGCUAUUUCGUUGGAAGCCAAAUUGUUCAGACCAAACAAACAUUCUGAAGGAGAGUACUCUUUCAUUGCAGUAGUUAUAGUUUCUUUGUUGCUGUUGUUUUUUAAAGGAACAUUUAAAAUUCAUAGAUGAGCAAUUCCUUUCUUUUUCUUGUAAAUUUCAUCAUGGUAGAGAGUUGCACAGUGGUAGCACAGUUUCUGCCUUUCAGCACAUACUGGAGACAUAAAGAAGACAUGCUUCAGUAAAACACAAAGGAGUUGUUUAAAAGAGUAGAUGUGAGGGAUAUUGAAGAAAACAUUAUAAUCUGCAGAACUUGCGGGGGGGGGGGUACAUCCCUACAUCCCUUCCCCACUUCCACCUCACUAACUAUCUGAAUCUUUCUUGUUCUUUAUUUGCAAAUUGUCAUGAAAGCAAUUUUACAUUUCCUCCUGUUACAUGAUCCAGUGUGAGCAGUUGCCAUGGUGCCAGAGACUGCCUCCUCUUAAGUGUCAGGAAAGACUUGAUAUCCAUGUGAUGUUGUAUUGUACAAAACACGCUGACGGGCAGUUCAUCCCAUGUGGUGUUUAGUGCUUAGACAUAUUAUCUUUUGGUCUACAGUUCCCCAGAUAUCCCUAAACAACAUGCUGGCUGGAAAGUUCUGGAAAUUGUAGUUUUUUAAAAAAAGAAGAAGUAAUUCUUCCAAGCUCUGGGUCUUCUUCUCUGCUCAUAGUGAACAGUUUUAGAAUGCCAGGAACAUUUGGGAUACUAAACACCCCAUCCAAAUCAAUCAUAGAGUCCUAUAGAUCCCCAAAAGCUAGGAGAUUUGUUACAGGGUGAGUAACAUGCACCAAUGUCCAUUUCAGUACAUUCAUGAAGUGUUGUUCAGUCUCAGAUGCAUGUGCAGUGCUUAUGAUUAAUGCUGACAGUCAUUCAAUGGUGGAAAGUUAUAUGCAGAAAGUACUGACAGUAGCACAUAUAGAGAUACUGGGCUGGGUUCAGAACUGGAUUUCCAUUUAUGUAGGAAACAUCACAAUAACCAUCACUUCUCCCUGCCGCUAGCCCCUGAAAAUCUUCUCCAGAGGGUUUCAAAUGUUAUAAGAAAUAUGUUUAUCUCUAAGAUGCCAUGGGAAAUUGUGAUUAAUGCUGCAAUGGACUAACACAGCUACUCGCUUUGGAAAUUCAAAGAGGUGCUCAGGGUUUCUGCUUCCUGAGUUGCACUUCUAAGCUUACAUCCAUUUUCAGCUACUUAAAAUCUGCUUCUAGCAUCACUUUUGUGGUGUGGGAGCCAUCCUGGGGUGAUAUGACUUCAUGUUAUGGAACGUGAUAUAGUAAUAUGGGCACUGCACAAUAUGGCUCAAGAAAUCAGCCUACUGCUUCCAUCCAUCCUGGAUUUUGGAAAAUGAGCUCAGUUGGUGACAGUUUCCAGUUGUUUUGGCAUGGCUUAAACUGCCGUAUCCCACACAGUUCCCAUUCAGCCAUGAUCAAUGCAGUUCAUGAGCAAAAUCCAUCCUGAGUGAAAGUGUACUUCAAAGACAAUGAGCAUUUUAUCAAGCCUUGGGUAUUUUCUCUCUCUGUCUCUCUCUUAAGAGAUAUGUAAAGGGAUCUUAUACCACCUUUGAGACUGAGCAAAAGAUGAUGUAGCAUAAGCUUUCAUAGACUUGGUCUACUUCCUCAGAUGCAUGC